AAUUAUUUAAUCAAAAACGGCAAUUUGAAACAUUAAAAAAUAAUACUUUGCGAAGCCUGGCUGAUCUACAAAGUGAAAAUCAACAAUUUCGCCAAACUAUCGACCAAAAAACGACCGAAUGCGACACUAUUCAACAGGAGCGGGAUAAAGAAAUAAGAAAAACGAAUUUACUAAAAAAAGCCACCCAAUCACUUCGGAAUAAAUUGAGCCAACAAACUAAUAAUUUAACCGGCCUGCUGUCAGUAGCCAACAAUACUAUAAGAACCUAUGAAAAAUAUUUGAAAGAAGAAUUAAAAAUAAGUGAUUUAAAUAAUUUACCAUCAGUGCCGGCUUCUUUGACAACUCUGAUUAAUUUUUUCAAUAACCCUCCGAACUGUUUAAAUCCCCAGCAUAGUGAUUACGAUAGUCUAAAAAGUCGUCUGCGGCAAACCGAAGCCGAGUGCGAACAAUUAGCAACCGAGAACCAGAAACUUAAAAAACAAAACAAUCCGGCCAGAAACGAUAACCCUCAAGAAAAAUCCGGCUCGCAACCAACCGAAAAUAAAUCUCCCACUGAUUCUCAACUAGUAAAUGGAUUACGGAACCAGAUAACGGCCUUGAACCGAAAAAUUAGCCAAAGCGGGGCAACCACUGAAAAGGAAUUAUUGAACCGAAUCAGUUCCGAUUUGUCCUUAGAUUUAAGUCCACCCAUCAAUUAUGACCGAGUAAUUACGGCUAUUCAACAAUUAAUUAAAAAUAAGUCUGCUGAAAGUUAUAAUCAAGAACUUGCGUCUGGCUCAAAUGAGACUAAUAAAAAUUUAAUUCCUUGGUGA